AUUAAAUUGAAAAAAGAAAAAUUCCAUAACAACGAAGGAAGUAAAUGAAGAUGCAUCGGAAGUUCGGGCAAAGGGCAAAAUAAUGGCGGGAGCCAUUGGAGCUACAGCUUCGUGUGUUUUCUGUGAAAUAGCAGCGACGAAAUCAACCUCCCAUUCCAUUCUCCACUCUGAUGAUAGGGUUGUUGCUUUUCGCGACAUUAAUCCAUCUGCUUUCAGGCAUUACUUAGUGGUUCCUGUGGAGCAUAUUCCUACUGUUAAUGAUCUUCAGAGAAAAACUGAAGACCAUUCUUUGGUGAAUCACAUGUUAGAGGUUGGGAGAAUGUUGUUAGUCAGAGAUGCACCUCAGUCAAAGCAAUACAGAUUUGGCUUUCAUCAACCUCCAUUGAAUUCUGUUAACCACCUACACCUCCAUUGUUUCGCCCUACCAUAUACACCCAGAUGGAGAUGCAUAAAAUACUUGUCUUUCGGACCACUUGGUUUCAUUGAAGCAGAGAAGUUUUUGGAAAAGAUAAAGCCUUUGCCUGCAGUUCAUUCAAAAGUAUAAAUUAACAUGAAUAUACUGUUUAAAGUUAUAUCUGACAUUUCUUAUUUCCAGAAAGAUGCUUAUUAUACCAGUUCCUAUUAAAACCAACUUCUGUUUAGUUUUCUAGUGAACAAUAGUUACAUUUAUCGCCUUGAGUCUGUAUAGAUCAUGAUCCAUGAUAUAUGAUAUCUUACUUGACCUUCUAAUAGAGGACAACU